AUGAUUGCAAGAUCAGACGAGUCAGUAAUACCCGUCAUCGACUUAGAGCCCAUCCGCACGGGCAAGGCCGAAGAGGCUCGUGCGACUGGUAAGAAGGUCUUCGAGGCUUUCCGAGACGUUGGGUUUGCCUAUAUCAAGAACCAUGGUAUUCCCCAGGACGAUGUGGAUGAAGCCUUCCGCUGGAGCUCCCGAUUCUUCGAGCUUCCCCAACCCGACAAGGAUCUAGCGCCACAUCCUCCCGAAGGAUGGUACCAUCGAGGCUAUUCCGGCAUAGGACGCGAGAAAGUCGUCCAGAUGGUUUACGACAAAGCAGCAAUCGCAGAGCUCCGCAAAGCGCCGGAUUUCAAAGAGUCCUUCGAGCUUGGCCGCGAGGACGAUGAACAUACGCCCAACAUUUGGGUUCCGGAAGAAGUGCUGCCCGGUUUCCGCAACUACAUGACCACUUUCUAUGCGACCUGCUACAACGCCACACUUGACUUACUGAAAGCGAUCGAGCUCGGCAUGGGUCUUCCAGAGGGGUUUCUGCGUGACUAUCACACCAAGCAGGACAAUCAGCUGCGGCUGCUACAUUAUCCGCCCGUAGAAGCUGAACUGCUCCGAGGCGGUAAACUGGAGCGUAUCGCCGCACACAGCGACUUCGGGACCAUGACCCUACUCUUCCAGGACGCGGUGGGUGGUCUCGAAGUUGAGGACGUGCACGAAAAGGGCGUGUUCAAUCCUGCUCCCUACAUCCCUGGAACAAUCGUGGUGAACAUUGGGGAUUUCUUGCAGAGGUGGAGCAACGACAUCCUCAAGUCGACAUUGCAUCGUGUGAGGGCACCACCCAUGGUCGAUGGUAUGACCAAGGCUCGCUACUCGAUGCCUUACUUUGUCACCGCGGACCGUGAUAAGACUAUUGACUGCCUGCCUGGAUGCUGGAGUGAGACGAAACCGAAAAAGUAUGAAGCCAUCAAUGCAAAUGAGUAUAUUGAGAUGCGUCUCAACGCAACUUACUAG